UUUCACAAAAAUGGUUGCGUUGUGUAUAUACCACAUGUUCUUGAUCAUGCUCUUGAUUAUACUCUUGAUCAUGCACCCCUCGCUCCACUUCCUUUCGCUCUGAAUGGUGCUCCUAUUUAUACAAAAAAACAUGAAAAUCCUACUGAUCCUCAAAACAAUAUUUCCAAACCUCAAAACGAUAAAUCUCCAACUGAUAAUUUUUUACAAGCCGUAGCUCAAAUUAGAAAUACUGGAGAACUUCAAAAUAAUAUUACCGAUAAUAGCCAUCCAACUACCCUUGAAUAA